AUGUUCGAUAUACAAAGUACGCUUACGUAUGAAAUAGCAGUUAACACCUAUCCCUCAGAGUUCUUUCAACCUGUUCCCUUUCUCUCUCUCGCUUUCUGUUCUUCAGGUCAUUUCAUUGCCGAGAUAAAACACAUAUACUUCGACUCAGACCGCUUCUUCAAUGCCACCAAUCGCAUUGAGGACCUAAUCCGACGCAAUGAGAGCAAGCGCGUGAAGGCCAUGGUGAUGGCCUGGAAAACGUCACCGCAUCGUCAGGCCAGCUAUUUCCUAGAAGCCUCGCGCUUUCACUGGCGGCCAGAUGACCCAGAAAUCGUUUCUGAUGUGCUCUUCGCGGUUGCCAAUGUGUUCAGUUUUGCGCGCACAACUUAUCUCAUGCCCGCCUUUGAGGCCCUGGGCCCGCUUCAAAUAUCCUUCACGCGAAUGCUCACCGAUAUCGUCCGCUUUAUGGUGCUGUAUGUAUUGGUAAGUCAGUUCUUUAUGCCUACUGCUGGGAGAAAGGGGGGACUCGGUACGCAAAUGAAGGAAUUUCUCGGUUUGAAAACGUUCCCAAUUACACUUGCAUAA